UAGCAAGUAGCACAGCAAAUCACACACACACCCCCGGGGGGCACGCGCACGCACGGAUCACACAAUGCCUCCCGCCCUGCUCGUGCCGGUGCCCACGAGGCCCCGCUCCAACCCCUUCCGCCGACGGAGAGGGGCGGCUCCGCUGCUCCUGGAUCAGGCCGCGACUGCGGCGGCGGCGGGGAAUCGGCCCGCCGAUUCGUCCACCUCGGCGUCCUCCUGCUUCUACAGCGAGGUGAUCUCCGCCUCCUCCACCUCCCUCGCCGAGUACCAGCGCCCGGAGAAGAGGCCUCGGCACCAGGACGCGGACGAGGCGCGGCCGGCCGGCUCCGAGUGCUCAGAGGUGAUCGGCGGCGCGAGGGCGUGCCCCGCCGAGGUCGAGGCCUCCGAGUCGUCGUGCCUGGGCUCCGUGCUCGAGUCCGACCUCACCUGCCCGGAGCAGCUCGCCGACACCGCCGAGGCGACAGAGUACUCCUCGGCGUUCGAGGAGCUGACCCCGUCGGAGCCCGAGGAGGAUGAGGAGGUGCUCAGCGGGACUUGCCGCUGCGCCGAGUACUCCCUCAGCCCCCUGAUCAGCUCCCCCUUGACCGAAGACGGCGGCGGCGACGCCGCGCCCUCCGCGACCUUCUCCCUCUUCCUCGACUUCGCCAAGCAGUUCGUCCCCUGCGUGCACCCCGAAGCGCGCACCGUCAACAAUGCCGCUCUCGAUCUCCUGACGGGGAGGCGGUUUGAGGACUUGGACGACGAGGAGAGCUACGAGCGGUUCCGGCGGCGCGAGCGGCGCGAGGCGGUUGCACGCGACUACACUGAGGUGUACGGCUCCAUGUCCGGCAGCUACGGCCCUCUCGUCGUUGAGCAACGUGUCGUCAUGGUGAACUGGAUCAUCGAGCAUUCGCAUCUCACGAAGUUGCAGCCAGUGACCAUGUUCAUGGGGAUUGGACUGAUGGACCGCUUCUUGACACAAGGAUACAUGAAGGGUCUGAGAAAUCUGCAGUUGCUGGGUAUUGCCUGCAUCACCCUGGCCACCCGCAUAGAAGAGAACCAGCCGUACAAUUGCGUCCUUCAAAAGACAUUUAAAGUUGGGAUCAAUAUUUACAGCCGGAGUGAUGUUGUUGCCAUGGAGUGGCUGGUUCUGGAGGUCCUCAACUUUAAGUGUUUUGUCACAACAACUAACCAUUUCCUCUGGUUCUAUCUGAAGGCUGCAAAAGCAGAUGACAGGGUAGCAGACCUGGCGAACUACCUGUCCUUGCUCUCACUUCUGAACCAUAAGCAGCUCUCCUUCUGGCCCUCAACUGUGGCAGCCGCCGUGGUAGCCCUUGCUUGCCUUGCCACAGACAAGGAGUCCUCGUGCCAUUUAGUCAUGGAGACUCACGUGAGGACGCACGACGACGAUCUGCAUGAAUGCCUAAUGAGCCUAGAGUGGCUGAUCAAGUACGCUUCGUGAUACCCAUGACUCCAAGGUGAUGACAUUGAUCCACAUUUUUUGCUGAUUCCCAGUUACCUAUCACAGUACAACCGGUCGGGUAUGGGGAUGUAUAGGCCAUACGUGAAUCUUAGCAUUGACAGAUUAUUCUGCACAUGCCAUUAGUUUCCCUGUAGGUAGAUAAGAUAAAAGAAAGGCAGCAUAAGGUUGCGUCUGAUUAUGAGAGAAUGGCUAGGAGCAAGACAAUGACGAGAAUUUGGUAUUUAGCUGUCGGCCUUUAGGGACUAUACCGAACUGCCGUAUUGGGCUAUAUAUCUUUGCAUCAUUUCUUCGCUGUUUUAUGGACAAUUAAAGCUGCUCUGUUGUACUCACCACUGAUGCAAUUUUUUUAAACGGUGUCUUGUUCAUAACUUUUGCUUUAGAAAAGGGUCUUGUUCAUACCUGAUGUAAGACUGAAAUUUGUUGCCUGCGUGUGGAUCGGGGCGUGAUCUUGUGAUCCUGGAAGAUGCUUCCGUAUCCCGGUA